UGUUAUUAGCCGCUCGACUCUCAGCGCAAGUAGACAGGCAGUCGCUCCGUUAGCUCGUAGCAAGAAAGAGAGUGAUAGAGAGAGUUCCUGAGAGAGGGGGACAAUAUAGUGCGCGCGCCGAAAUUAUACUGCGAGAGAGUGAAGGAGAAACACAUUAAAGGAAAAUCAAAAGCCAAAGCAAAGCACGCGCGUCAUUUGGAAAAACGUGCUAAAGCCAACUACAUAAGUCGAGCAGACAGUUAUUAUAUAAAAUAAACCACGUAUUAUUAUUACCAUUAUUAUUAUGGCCCACACGAGUGAUUUAAAUAUAACCGUGGAUGUUGUGGUACCAACCGUGUUUGUCAUCGCAAUAUUCAUUAUCAAUGGCUUUGUGCUGCGAUUCAUUCUACGGAAGCGUCGCGAGUACCAAGAACUGGAGGCAGCGGCUGCUCCAUCAAUAGAGGAGCCCACAACGUCAGCCAAAGCAACUGCAUUGGUUUCAAAUGCUCCUAUUGUAGAGGCAAACGAUAGCACCUCCAUUGAAAUGGAGCGACUGUAGCGAAAAUGAGAAGCCCACACGAUAUACAUAUGUACAACAAAAUUAUCCUGUAAUUCUAGUUUAGCUACAUUUUUGUAGUUAUAAGAUACUCAAGACAUGUGGCUGCAUCGAACUUUUAUUGUAUUUAAACACAAACAGUAACCGACUAAAGUGCAAAGCAGCAGUAAAUUGUAUAAUAAAAAAAUCAACACCUAUACAGUCGCAUCUCGUAUGUGUGUGUUGCGUAUUUAUAAGCACGUGCAUUUAAUUACUAUUUUAAGUUUGUGUUGUAUCUUCCUUUUUUGUAUUGAACUGAACCGCAUAGUCUAUUUUUAACGCAAACUAUAUAUUUUGUAAUAAAUGUGCGAAAUUCAUUCAAAAAAUCAAUAAAAAUGAGUCUGGAA